AUGGCUGACGAUCCUGUCGCCCAAUUUAUGUCCAUCACGGGCGCCAAUGACGCCGUCGCCGCUGGCUGCCUCUCCAUGACCGAGGGCGAUGUGAUGGCUGCUGUCAACCUGUUCUUCGAGAACCCCGACAUUGCGAGAUCUUUCCCUGCCCAGCCCUCUUCUGCCGCACCCGCCUCCUCCUCGACUGCCGCGACCUCUCGAGCACAAGGCGCAUCUUCGAGUCGAAACCUCGGCCGACAGGACGAUCAAGGCGUCAUCCACAUAGAUGAUGACGACGACGAAGACGAUGACCCCAUCCGAAUUGAUGACGAUGACGAUGUGGAUGUCGUGGAUCACUCCCACCUUGAGCGCAUUGCGCAGGAGAGCGAUGAUGCAGCCAUGGCCCGCCGUCUGCAGGAGGAGAUGUAUGGCGGCGGAAGCGGUCCUUCGGGCGCAGACGAUGUGCGGGCUCCUAUCGCUAGGACAACAGAGACGCUGGUUGCGCCUAGUGGAUACGGCGCCCCGAUGGACGAUGAUGGGUUUGGCAUGCUGGAACAACUUCGAAGACAGCCCCGGCCUCGAGGUAACCCAUUCGGCCAGUCGAUCUGGGAGGACCCCGACCAUCCACCCCAACCCCCAACGUUUGCCUCUGCAGCAGGGGGCUCCAGUGGGGAGCAGAACCGGGCGCAGCGCCUGGCCGAUCUGUUCCGCCCACCCUACGAGCUGAUGGAACAUUACCCUUGGGACGAGGCGAGAGACAUAGGCAAGGAGGACAAGAAGUGGAUCCUGGUGAACGUGCAGGACAUGAAUGACUUCAACUGUCAGGCAUUGAAUCGAGACAUCUGGAAGGACCCGGCCAUCGUGGCGCUCGUGAAGGAGAACUUCAUCUUUCUGCAGUACGCCAAGGACGACCCCCGGGCAGGCGAAUACAACACCUUCUACUUCCCCCCAUACGCACAAGAGAACAAAGACAACUUCCCACACGUGUCAAUUAUCGACCCACGGACGGGAGAGAAGGUCAAGGGCUGGACGGGGAUACCCUUCCCCAGUGCGCAAGCAUUUCAUGCGGACCUGGUAGAGUUCCUCGACAGAUACUCGCUGGAGCAAAACAAGAAGAACCCCGUGUCGAAGCAGAAGCGUCCCCAGCCGGCGGUUGACGUCAACCGCAUGACGGAGGAGGAGAUGCUGGAGAUGGCGCUGCGGAACAGCCUCGACGCGAAUGGUGGAAACGGAAGCAGCAGUGCGAACGCGCUGCAAGACCCCGACGACCUCACGAAGUCUGUGGAGCUAGAGAAAGGCAAGGGCAAGGAGGUUGCGACGUCCAAUAUGGAUGAGAUCAUGGGGGGAACACCACAGGCAGAGCCAGAGGAAGUAGCGCAAUCGGCGUCAUCUUCGGUGUUUGCAUCCAUUGCCUCAGACAAGCCGCAUUCUGAGCCAGCCAACGGCCCUACAGUCACAAGGAUUCAGUUCCGACACCCAGAGGGACGAGUGAUCCGUCGAUUCAACGUGACGGACCCGAUCCGUCAGAUCUACGAGUGGCUGAAGUCGGAGCCGAUCGCAGCGGACAAGGCAGGCGUGGAGUUUGAGCUCAAGACAGUGCCCGAGGGCAAAGACCUGAUUGAACUGCUGGACCAGACCAUUGAAGAGGCUGGUCUCAAGCAGGCUACGGUGAUGAUCGAGUAUAUCGAAGCUUGA